AUGCCAGAAGACCUUCACACUAUCGAAAAAGAAGUAGGAAUAACAAAGGACCAAUUAAACAGAGAAUCCUCUUUGUUCAAAGAAACCAUAGCUAGAAUUAAAGAAAAAUAUGCUGGUGACAUUCCAAGAGA